AUGUUUGCUAAUACAACACUCAGCAACAGACCAUAUGAAAACGUGACAACAGUGUCAGCCUGUAUAGUACCAGAUCUCAGCUACGUCUACUACACUAUCUUCACCCUGAGCAUUCUGGGUAAUGGCCUGCUGCUAUUCGUGCUCAUUAAGUUUGAUCGUGGUGGAUGGACGGUCAACAGUAUCCUCAUGUCCAACUUGUUGGGCUCCAACCUGGUCUUCACCAUCACACUGCCUGCUUGGGCCUCCUACCUGCAUACACAGUCGACCUUCAGCCCCACCCUGUGCAAGCUGGUUGACAUGGCAACCUACAUGGGGUUCCACAGCUCCAUUCUCUUUUUGACUCUGUUGACCGUCCACCGUUACCUGGCUGUGGUCCAUGCUGUGGCCAUGCAUAACCAACAGCGCAAGAACCGCUACGCUGUGGUGGCGACAGUUGUGGUGUGGCUCACCUGUGGGCUGGCAGGUGUGGUUUCCCAGGUGUUCAGGCACUGGCAGAACGGCUUGGUGUGUGUGGAUGAACAAGAUCCCUCUGGGAAGCCGUUUGGCAUAUACCUGCACUUCGUGACCUUCUUCUUAAUCCCCCUGCUGGUGGUGGUGUACAGCUGCGUGCGCAUCAUCAUAAACUUGGCAUCUGCGCGGACCAGCCGCCGAGACAGUGCCCUGCUCAGCGUCUUCAUCAUCCUCCUCAUCUUCUUCGCCUGCUGGACACCACAUAGCAUCAUGAAGUUGGUGAGGCUAAACACGCCAUUCGGCUGCAAUGAUGGAGCCAUGGAGUAUGCCUACUACAUCACCAAAAUGAUCGCUUACCUCUACUUCGGCAUCAAUCCUGUUCUCUACGUCUUCCUCAAACGCAAGUUCAAGAACUAUGUGUGUGGUCUUGUGUGCCAUGUCUGUGUCUGCCAUGAGUCGGUUGCAGGCCCAUUGUAGUCCGCAGAGUGGGGAGAACCACGUAGCGCCUACAGUUGUGUCUAACUGCCGCACCUCCUUCACAUUUAUAAAGUCGAGAAUAGGCUGAGUAUGAAUGGGCCAAGGAACCUGGUACGGUACAUUCAUCUCUCUAAAAACUACCAGAGCAUUGAGAAAUAUAGAAUGCAACAAGGCCUUGUCUAUGCUUGCAUUUUGUAUUUUCCACUCCUUGCUGCCUGCCUACCUGCCUUGCUUGUUGGCCUCUGUGGAUUAUCUGA